CUCUUAACAACGCUAUGCCGGGUCACGGACUGGUUUCCCUGGUACUAGGUAACUAACAUUUACAUAUGCUAACUUAUCCAGCACGACUACAGAGCUCUUAACAACGCUAUGCCGGGUCACGGACUGGUUCCCCUGAUACUAGUCUCCCUUGUGUGUUGCCUAGCAACCGCGGACAACAGUAAAAGGGCAGCCCGGAUCACGUGCUCCUACUGUAAAGAUGUUUACAGUUCAAAGUACGACAAAACUUGCGAUGACGACAUACUCUGUUCUGAUAAUGAGGACUGUUUUGCGGGGAAGUACGUUAACCAAGAGGGAGUAACUCAUUACACACUUAGCUGCAAACCUCACCAGUACUGUGAGAUUAUUAAACGGUUUCCGACAGUUGGCAAGCGACAGCUUCACGACAAUGUAUAUAUAUGCCAGCAAUGCUGUUCAUCAACCAAGUGCAACAGACACCUCUGCCAAUAACACCUCUGCCAAUAACACCUCUGCCAUUAACACCUCUGCCAAUAACACCUCUGCCAACAACACCUCUGCCAACAACACCUCUGCCAAUAACACCUCUGCCAAUAACACCUCUGCCAACAACACCUCUGCCAAAAACGCCUAUGCCUUAAAUCACACCUGGAAUUCACUUGUUUUCUAAUACAGCUAGUGUGCACA